CAUCAGCUAUUAUUUAUGUAAACUCAGUCUAAACGGGUUGGCCAGCCACUGGGCUGUCUUUAAAACUCUCACUCUCACCAGCGGCAUCUUUAUGGACAGCAGGACGUACUACAAAGCAGACAUCAUCGAAGCCUUGAUCCCGAAGAAAGAUUCCACCAAAUCAUCUGUAUAUUAUGUCAAAAUCCUCGUAGAAGGGCAUCCACCGCUGAAGACCAAUGAAGUGGCUAGAGAACUUGAUGGCAGGGCUGUAUGGAACAAACGCUUCAUGUUACCCGUAGACAUGGAAGCACAACUUGAGAUCAAAAGCAAACACAAUUCGAUUUUCAAACCUGGCUCCCGUUCUCUCGCCAAAGUCGGAUUAGAUGUGGCCACAAUACUUAGGCAACCUGUUGUCGCAGUGUCACAGGAAAUUCGGCUGAAUUUCCCUUCGGACGACGUACUACACUAUGACGCCUCACAACGAGGCUACAUCUUAGUCCGUCUAUACAGACCUGAAGAGCCUAUAUCAGAGCCUAUAUCAGUGGGGAAAUCGUUUUCUGUACUCAUUUCGCAGCUAGAUACGUUUAUCCAGAUUGUGGGCGUAGCAUCGCAGAUACAUCCAUUUGUGAAUUUGGCAUGGCAGGUUGUAUCAUCACUUUACACGAUUGCCAGAGACCAACUGGACCGGGACAAAAGCAUCGGAGAGCUGACGGAGAUGAUGGAGGACGUGUAUACCUUUGUUGAUGAUAUAAAAAGUUUUCCGAGUAGACUGGCAUCUCAGGAAGAGACUAUCAAGAAGAUCAUGUCCCAAACCAUAGAAUGUAUGCUAUUCAUUCAGGAGUACUCUGGCCACGGAUUUUGUGGACGUGCGCUCAAUCAACAAUGGGCAGGCGAGCAAAUUCGACGCUUUACGCGGACAUUCACGAUGCUGAAGGCAUCUCUCAACACCGGAGUUGGGGUCCAGAUCGCUCUCAUUGCUCACCGCAUGUACGAAGAUGUGCAGUCGAUAGCUCAAACACAAACUCUUGCCAAGCUUCAUCCGGUAGAUAUGGAUGACCCAUCCCGACCAACUUGCUUGCCCCAAACUCGCAGCGACUUGCUCUUCAGUGUAUUGUCUUGGGCAAUGAAUCCUUCCAGCAAUCAGAAUGUGCUUUGGCUCCACGGCCCUGCUGGCUCUGGAAAGAGCACCGUUGCUACAACGAUUGCCAACAUUACACGAGAUCUGGGUCGUCUCGGCGCGUUUGUAUUUUUCGACCGCCGCAUGGCCGCAAGGAAUGAUCCAGCAGCCGUUGUACGAACUCUUGCCUUCCAGCUUGGCGAAUUUGACCCUCGACUGGGAGCAUCCAUCUCGACUGUGAUAAAAGGCACUCCAAGCAUCAGACAAUCACCCCUACGACAGCAGUUUCACAAACUACUGGUGCAACCGCUGUCCGAAUCCGAAUUGGCGGUUUGGAGCCAAGAAGGUCCUGUGAUCGUUGUUAUCGAUGCAUUGGAUGAGUGCGGACACGUCGGGGACCGGGAAGACCUUCUCAGUAUCCUAGCGCUGGAGAGCGUAAAAUUACCGCCGACAUUACGCAUCGUUGUCACAAGCCGGACAGAGCUGGAUAUUCAGCAAGCAUUGGAAGCACAGAAGAAUAUCUGUGGCACUCCAAUCGACAUCAACUCUCCUGCAAAUGAUAAGGAUAUCCACUUGUACCUAUCCGAUCGUCUGCAAAACAUCCGUUCUAAAAACAAAUAUCUGUCACUCCCACAGGAAUGGCCUGGGCAUGACGUAAUUGAUGCUCUGGCAGCUCGAGCGCACGGACUCUUUAUAUGGGCGUAUACCGCCUGUCGCUAUGUGGAAAAUGGUCAAGAUCUAGAAGACAGGUUAGCGGACCUGCUUCGUACUGAUGUUUGCUCGAACUACGAGUCAGCCCUUGACCUUAUGUACACCACCGCCCUAGAAUCCGCUGGGAGAUGGGAAGAUCCAGCGUUUUCUGCCGACUUCCGCGACAUUCUCGGCGUUGUGAUAGCUGCCAAAAAUCCUUUGACGGCAUCGACUAUCGACCGUCUCAACGAGGUUGCUUCAGUCUCAAGAAUGCGACCAAGUCUUCAUACUAUUCAGCAUCUUGGUUGUGUUUUCCGAGGAUCGACCAACGAGCCGAUUCAUGUUAUUCAUCCCUCGUUCGAGGAUUUUCUAACAGAUCGAACUCGCUGCAAAAGGGAUGAAUGGUUCAUUGAUAUACAUCUAUCCCAUCAGAGACUUGCCCUCCAGUGCAUCAGCUCCCUUCGCGCAAAUUUGAAACGAAAUAUGUGCGACUUGACCCUCACGAGGAGUGGUGUCGAUGUUAAGAUCUUACCAGAGGAUGUUACCUACUCCUGCAUCUUCUGGAUCGAUCACGUCUGCAAGUUAGAGGGAACCGAGGAAUCGCUCUCUAUUGUGGUAUAUGAUCUUCUCGUGAAGCAUCUGCUUCACUGGAUCGAAACAAUGAGUUUGUUGAAGAAGGCUAGACAUACAAUUAAGUUACUCAUGCGACUAGAAGAUUGGAGCCGAUCAAUUCAAGGUCGCCAUCAAGAACUUUGCGACCUUCUAGCGGAUGCAGUGCGCUUUUGCCAAGCCUUCACCCCCGUCAUUGAACAGCACCCACUUCUCGUAUACAGCAGUGCAUUGCCGUUUUCUCCAACCAACUCUGUCCUAUAUCAAUUAUUCAAGGAUGAAAUAUCAAUACCAGUCGUAGUUGGAGGCUUUCGUGAUGAAUGGUCGCCUUUGCUCAUGGACAUUCCCAGACCAGGUGGAGAAGUUACAUCACUCUCACUAUCGUCUGAUGGGUCCCAGUUGAUCUCAACGGUCGCCCGCUGGUGCCAUGUGUGGGACGUUAUAUCAGGAGAGCUGCUGAUCCAAGGGCCGAAGGGUGAUAUAGCGAUGACGGUCUUCGCGCCUGGUGGUCAGCUAGCUGCGUCAUGUUUAUUCAGUGGUUCAAUAGUCCUCUGGGACACCUUCUCUGGGCAAACGAUAGGUCAGCCACUAAAACGUGAUCAGGGAGCAAUAUAUGCUCUUGCAUUCUCCCCUGAUGGAACCCGUUUGAUCUCAGGCGGACAAAAUUGCACUAUCAUCAUGUGGAAUGUUCAGACAGCAUCAAUUAUUCUGGACCCCCCGGCGACGCACACGAAGACGAUCCUAUGUCUUGCAUUCUCGCCCGAUGGUAUGCGCUAUGCUUCGGGCUCGCGUGAUGGUGCUAUUCGAAUUUGGGAUGCAGCAUCAGGGAGAAUGGUAUUGGGACCCCUUCACGGUCAUUCUGGGAGCGUAUACUCUAUAGCCUUUACUCUUGAUAGCACGAGGGUAGUAUCAGGCACAGAUGACAAACAUGUCUGUGUAUGGGAUAUUCGGUCUGAGGAGGCGUCCAUGCCAAUCAAGCUGCGCGGACAUCGCAGCACCGUGUUCUCUGUCGCCGUCUCUCCUGACGGGCGACUCAUCGCAUCCGCGUCAAAAGAUACCACCGUACGCCUCUGGAGUCUGGAGACAGGGGAAGAGUUAAGCCACCUCGUUCGCCGGCACAAAAUGCCUGUGCGUUGCGUAGCAUUUGGGAAGCAGUACGGGCGUCUCCGUCUGGUAACAGGCGCGAAAGAUGCUACCAUCCGCAUCUGGGAUAUCGAGUCAGUUGGAAGCAUGGGUGUGACUCGGAAGCACAAGGGUCUCGUUUCGCACCUCGCAUUCUCGCAAGAUGGCCAGCGUAUUGUUUCGGGGUCGCUCGAUCGUACUGUGCGGGUCUGGGAUCCCAUAACAGGCCAAUGUUUGCUGGGUCCACUGAACCUCGAGCAACCAGUACAUUCCGUUGCUCUACCCGCAGAUAAUGUUAGGAUCUUGGCGGCAGACCGCGAGGGUGCCGUCUUCGCAUGGGAUGCAACGACAGGAGUGCAUUUAAUUGCUACGCCGGCCGACGAUCCCAGCAAUCAUUCUAUCGUCGGGCCAUUGUCUCUGGAGCGAAAGUGGGUAGUAGAUUCGAGGACUGGUACGGCCCUUACGAUGCUUCCAACGAUGUCGCCUGUGAGAUCCCAGGCAUCGUUCGGCAAUUGCAUGGUCCUUGGGCUGGCAAACGGUGGAAUAGUAAUUAUACGUUUUCCUGAUAUCCCACAGCUUGUCUAGCACAUGCCCAGAUACCUAUGCUUGUACGUAUAUAGCCAUAUGUGAUGGUAUCUAGAAGCUCGUGAUGUACUUACAGCUACUUUCAUAUCGAUGGUCCGGAUUUUAUUGUUUUUCGUAUCACCGCUUCUAAUUACUUGUGGAGCUGGACAAACAAAAGGGCCG